ACUUACGUGGGGAGUAUAUUACUCGGUGGUUCGGGGAGAGCGCAAAAGUACGCGAUAAUUUUGUGCAUCUAGUAAGAAUUUUCAAAAACUUUGAUUUAACUACAAGAACAGUUGGAUUUUUUGAGAAAUAAUCGAUAUAAGACGCUCGUUCUUCUUAUGCUGAAAUUAGCUUUCCUGCAACUAUAGAAAAAUGUCCUGAAGCUCAAAGAACUAUGAUACUACGAUGGAUAGUAUACUUGAUUUUGAUACUUUACGGCAAAGAGUCUCAAAGCGUCGAUCCAUCCCAAUGUAUCGCACCGUUGGGAAUGGAAAAUGGUGCCAUCAAAGAUAGUGACAUCACUGCAUCGUCAUCGUUUGACAGUGGAAAUGUGGGGCCUCAACAUGGACGGGUGAGAACGGACAAAAACGGAGGAGCGUGGUGUCCUCAAAAACAGGCCACGACCGAACCGGAAGAAUGGAUACAAAUCGAUCUGAAAACGGUGCACGUCAUUACUGCCACAGAAACCCAAGGCAGAUUCGGCAAUGGACAGGGAAUCGAGUACGCCGAGGCUUAUAUGAUCGAGUAUUGGAGACCGAGGCUACAAAAAUGGAUUCGGUAUCAUAAUGCCAAAGGCGAAGAGGUCAUUGCCGGCAACAUCAACCCUUACCUGGAGUCAAAACGGCAAUUAGAUCCGCCGCUAUGGACCAGCAAAAUUCGCUUUUAUCCUUAUAGUUUUCACAAGAGGACCGUUUGCAUGCGGGUGGAAUUGUACGGGUGCAAGUGGACCGAUGGAAUUGUGAGCUAUUCGAUGCCUCAAGGGGAUAAAAGAGGAGCUAAUUGGGAAUUUUUCGAUCUUGGGUAUGAUGGUGUAUGGGACGGUCACGAACUCAAACACGGUCUUGGUCAACUCAUGGACGGAAAAUUCGGCCACGACGAUUUCAAAACUGAUCUGUCCGAAGGCCAGACUUGGGUCGGGUGGAAAAACGACUCGCGUCACAAACCUAUAGAAAUCAGAUUCGAAUUCGACAGAGUCCGCGAAUUUUCCGGGGUGCACAUUUUCUGCAACAACCAAUUCACCAAGGACGUGCAAGUUUUUUCUUUGGCGAAAGUCUUGUUCAGUAUCGGUGGCAAACGGUUCAACAAAGGCGAACCGAUUACUUACGAGUAUAUGGAGGAUAGGAUUUUCGAAAAUGCUAGAAAUAUAUCAAUUAAGCUGCAUCAUAGAGUGGGCAAAUUUGUUAAAAUCCAAUUAUAUUUCGCCUCAAAGUGGAUUCUAAUAAGCGAAAUUUCAUUUGAGUCAGUUGUAGCCCAUGGAAAUUUCACUGUGGAACCUGAACCUACAACCACCCCACACAUAAGGGUAGCAACAGACCACGAACACAAAAUCGAAAUCCCUAUACAAACUGACGUAAACGAACCCGCAGUAAUUGCAAUCAUAAUAAUCGGAAUUGUAAUAGUUUUAAUACUACUAGGAGGAAUUGUCGUUUUAAUUUACAAAUUCAAAAAUCGUAAAUACCUUCGCAGUCCUAACACAUCGAAUUUAGGCUUUCCAAACGCUACUUUGCCUCAUCGCAUCCAGGGCAACGAAAGUGUUUACAGUAUGCCAGAAAAAGAUCACAUCGAAGCCUAUGGAGUGACAGAAAUUAAUAAUUCCGGCGACGAGUAUUAUCGAAAGGGCCACGGAGCAGGCUCGAUUAAGUCAAGUUUGAGAUCCACGUUGCCGUUGCCGCAUCCAGAGGAGAACACUUAUCAAGAGCCCUAUCAGGCUAUGAAGUUUGCUCCGUAUUAUAGUUAUAGUCCUAUUAUAAUGGAGAUGACGAAUUAUAAUGCCAGUCCGAAGAAAUCGAAUAAUAAUUCUAACUGUGAUAAUUACGACUAUGCUGUUCCCGAAGCCAACACUCUACCGUUGCUCUCUGGAAGCGAUCAAAAUACUCUGCCAAUGGUCAGAAAUUCUUGCAAUAAGGCUGUGCAACAGCAGAACAAACAAAGCAGGGUGUCUUUGAGAAGUACUAGAAGUGAAGGGGCCGAAACCAGAAGGUCUCCCACCCAACAAGAGGCAUUAGCAAUACUCAAAAAGAGACUGGAGGAGACUACAAUCAAGGAAUUUCCCAGGCACCGAUUAAGAAUGUUGUCGAAAUUGUCUGAGGGUGCUUUUGGUACUGUUUAUAUUGCAGAAACCGACGGCAUAACUGACACUAAACUUGUAGCUAUUAAGUUUUUAGGAGAUAAUACUUUAGAAAAGGAAAAAAAAGACUUCUAUAGAGACGUCAAAAUCCUUUCGGCUUUGGACGACGACAACAUUGCCCGAGUUUUAGGCAUUUGUAGUCAAGAUGAACCUCUAUGUGUAGUAAUGGAAUAUUUGGAACAUGGCGAUUUAUGCCAGUUUUUAAAGAUUCACGUUACUAGCGAAAACAAUGCGACUUUACCUUAUGGAGUGAAAAGUUUGAGCUUUAAUUGUUUAUUGUACAUAGCUACGCAAAUUGCUAGCGGGAUGAGGUAUUUGGAAACGUUGAAUUUUGUUCAUAGAGAUCUGGCUGCAAGAAAUUGUCUGAUAGGUAAAGCCUAUCAAGUGAAAAUAUGUGAUUAUGGCACUUACAACGAACUGUACGUAAACGAUUAUUAUAAAGUUGACGGAAAUACGCCCUUGCCCAUUAGAUGGAUGUCUUGGGAAGCUGUAUAUCAAAUGAAAUAUACAACUAAAAGUGACGUUUGGUCUUUCGCUGUAACUUUAUGGGAAAUUCUAACGUUGUGUAGAAGGCAGCCUUACGAUUACAUGUCAGAUCCGGAAGUAAUGGAAAAUUUAGCAAGGCUUCACUGUGAUGAUAACCAAUACAAGUACCUUCCCAGACCUUCGAAUCACAAAGACAUCUACGAUUUGAUGUUGGAGUGUUGGCGAAGAGUGGACACAGAUCGGCCCAGUUUCAGGGAGAUUCACAUGUUUUUGCAACGGAAAAAUUUAGGUUACGCACCUGUAUAAAUUUUUAUUGUUAUAAUAAAGCGGACUGUUGAUGGUAUAAACUUUGCUGGUACUGGCUUUUUAGCCAGAUACAAUAGAUUUUUUAGUGGGAUCAAUGUUAAUGUAAAUACUACACAGGGUGAUAACUGAUAACUUAUAGUACUAUAUUUCUAAUAGCUUUUUCUCAAUAAUUAUUUAUUAAUGUAUUUAUUUUAAUGUUAAAAACGAUUUUUCUUAUUUUCAUCAGUUUGUGCUUACUUUAGUGAUUAAAUUAUAUUUUGGACAAUCAAAAAGUUAUAUGGAAAAUUUCUAGUUAAAUUUAAACUUUUUAAAAAAAUUGUUACUUCUUUGUUUGCUCUUAUAAGGUCUGUUUCCACAGAAAUCACAAACCAGUCAAAGCUAAUUUCAUUGGUCGAAAAUAGUUAGGAAACUGGUUGUUGGUGAUUUGGACCAAUCAAAAACACUCUGACUGGUUUGUGAUUUCUGUGGAAAUAGCCCUAUAUAGUCUCGAUUAAAAAAAAAAAAAAAACUCAUCUUAGUGGCUUAAAAAAAUUCUAAUAUCGCUUAAAAACAUUUGUUAAAAAUUCUCUCACUGCACAAUAAUAAAAGACAAUGGUUUAGAUUAUAAAAAAAUAAAUAAAAAAAUACUGUAUAUUAUUAAUUAAUAAUAAAUAAUUAUGAAUAAUGUUUAUGUUAUUAUGUAUAAAUUUAUUGAAUUUCUUCAGCAAAUAAUAUUAUUAUAACCUAGUCAAAUUAUUUUCAAAUAAAAAAUAAGGGCUAAAUCGAAGCUUAACUUUUUAACUUUAAUGCUUGAAUGUAUGUAGGUAUGUAUUUAAUUUUUUUUUAAAUUAACUUCUAAGAAGUCUUUGAUGGAACAAUUCUAAAUUAUAUAAAAAUCUUGUAUAGGUUUAUUUAUUUUGUUUGAAACCAUGAAAAAUAUUUAUACAAUUACUGACUGCUUGAUGUUUCCAGUUACCAUAAGAAAAAUGUCAUUUUUUAAAUAAAAUAAAUGGUUACAAAGAUAUUAUUUUGUAAUUGAAAGCAAUGUUAAAAAUAAUUAGUGUAUAAAGCAAAUAUUAUACUCUUUUAUUUAUUUUGUUAAAGUGCCAACAACGACCAUUUUAUUUUUUUAGAUCUGUGCCUCUACUACUCACUGUAUAUAAAAAAUAAGAACAAAUAAUUAUUGCUUAUAACUCACAUUUUUUAGAAUAUCGUUUUUAAGCUCACACAAUACUAUGUAGUUUAUUAAUUUUAGAUUAUAUUUGACAUUCCAUAUUAUCAAUACAAAAAUGGCACAAGAAAACUUCUUUAAGAUUCUCCGAUUGCGAUCAUUGAAUGUGUUUUAUAUUUAUGUCAACAUAUCAGAAAAAUAAAAAAAGUAAUACAUUUGAAAAGUGUGGUUUGAUUUAUUGGCAUAAUAGUGUUCAGUCCUUCACUCUUCUGCAAAUCCCUGUAGAAUGUAUUUGGAUUUCGAUGGGGUUGCGAAGUUUGCCGCGCCAAAGGCCUUGGCUGUGCAACAGGCUGGACUUCAUCAGGAGCUAUGUGAGCAGACGUAAGUUGGUCUGUCGAGAUAGUUUUGUGUUCGCCAUUGACAUCAAUGACAAAUGUGCAGUUGUUCACACAAUGCACGACUCGGUGUGGGCCAGUGUAUGGAGGUUGCAAUGGCUUUUUGAUGCUCUCGACGUGCCUGAAAACAAACUCACAUGUAUUUUAAGUCUUUAAACACCCAUGGGCGUUGUGAAGUGUGUCUCGAGGCCAGGACAGGCCUGAGCGCAGCUCUCGGAGAAAACUGGCGCUUGGCUCGGGUGCGUCUUGUGUGGCCAUGAACUCUCCAGGGAUAUGAAGCGAGGUACCAAAGACCAUUUCAGCCGGUGAAGCUUAGAGAUCUUCUUUCCACAUGGUGCGCAUGCCCAGUAGAACCAUAGGAAGAGCUUGGGGCCAAGGUGUUUCUGGAGAGCACAUCAAGGCGGCCUUGAGGAUUCUGUGGAUCCGCUCUACCAUGCCAUUGGCCUGCGUAUGAAUGUACUUGGCUCCGACAAAGUGGCUGAGUUGCUGAAAAAUAAUGGCCUCGAACUGAGGGCCUUGGUCAGACGUAAUAGUAAGCGGUGUGCCAAGGUGUACCAUCCAGCCAUCGAAGAGGGCACGUGCUACAGUGGGUGCAGUUGUCUCACGCAGAGGAAUGGCAUGAGGGUACCGUGAGUACGGACGGUAGUCUGUAAAAAUAGUAAAGGGCCUACCUUCAAGAAUCCUUGGAAAGUGUUUGACCGCAGCGAAAACAGCGAGGAACUCGCGAUCAUAUUAUGUAGAGUAGCGUUGUUCUGUGAGUGACAGGCUUACGUGAAAAGAACCCAAGCCGUGCCCAUGAACCAUCUGGUUGACGUUGGUCCAAGGCGGCACCAAUGGCAAAGUUUGACGCAUCUGUUCUGAGUGCAAGUGGCUGUGGGCUGUGAUGCAGACAGGAAGACAGUUUCGGUAGUGUUUACGAUUGCUCUGCUUUGCUAUUUUGGAAAGCGGUCUCAGCGUCGGCCGUCCAGGACAGGACCGAUUUCUUGGCUGUGGACCCUUCGAGCAGCUCAGUAAGUGGCGCUCGGAGUUCAGAAGCGCCUGUAAAAAUUCAACAUGCCCAAGAAGCGACGCAACUGUGAGGAGUCGUGCGGCUUUGGAAAGUCAGUGAUGGCUGCAUGCUGUCUUUGGAGCGGGCGGGCUGAUGCCCACUGACGUGACCUAGUAGCCUGCGAAGACGAUUUGAUUCAGACCAAAGUGGCACUUGGACCAGUUAACAGACAGUUUGUCUUUCCUGAGGGUACACAGCAGGAGUCGAAAAUGCUGCUGAUGUUCGUCAUGGUUGGUGGAGUGGUUCACUAUGUCGUCUUCAUAGCAUUUGACGAAAGCUGAUAGCUUUCGGAGCAGGUGUUUUAUUGUACGCUGAAGGGAUUGGCCUGCGUUGCGCAAACCCAUUGGCAUGCCCAAAAAUUCAAAGAGGCCAAAUGAUGUCGUGACCGCUGUCUUCUGGACGUCCUCCGGCGCCACUGGGAUCUGGUAGAAGGCGCACUGUAGAUCUACAACAGAGAAAACCUCACCUUUACAGUUUUGCAAUAGGUCCUCAAUGACAGGUAGAGGGUAACAGUCUGAUUGGGUUACACAAUUGAGGUGGCGGUAGUCACCAGUGGUGCGCCAUCCAUCAUUGGGCUUUGGCACGAGGUGAAGUGGACUAGACCACUGACUUGAGGACGGUCAAAUGAUGCCUCUCUCAAGAAGCAGGUCAAAUUCCUUGCGUGCAGCCGCCAGACGCUCGCCUGCGGGCGUAAACAGGUGGGCCUGUGGUCACAAUAUGAUGGUGCACAGGUAGGUCUGGGAGUGAUGCCAUUGCUCCAGGAGCUACGGCGAGGUCAAUGAACUCUUGGACUAUUGCCCUGUAUUUCUCACCCAUGGCAUCUUUGGGUACCUCAAAAGUUGGAGCAAUCUGGACGCUUGUAAUGUCUGGUUCGGGGCCUGCCAUGCAGGUCGUCGUUAGGCUUGUGCGACCGAUGAGGAGGCGGGCACGCUUGAGGUCCAGAAUGAGGUCGUGGUGGGUCAGGAAGUCGGCUCCAAUUAUAGCUGUCGUGCCUUCAGCGACGUAGAACUACUAUUCGAGUGGCCUGCAAAGGCCUAGGUUGAGCUGUAACAAUUUUGAGCCAAAUGUAUUAAUGGGGGUACAGUUUGCUGCAAGCAAAACUAGGUCUUGCUUAAUUAACUGUCCCUUAAUCACUCGUUUUGGUAAAAUUGAAAUUACGGAACCUGAGUCUACGAGGAAUGGAAUGUUCAAAUGUUUGUCGCGAACAUAUAAACGGUUUUCAAUAGGCUGAGUACCGGCGACGACAGCCACGCACGACGCCGGGCCUACGAGUUUCCCUGGUUAGACUGAGGCGCAGAUCUAGCGACAAACGCACAAGGAAGUCUGCAAUGCAUUGCUUUGUUGCCCCAGUUUGUAUGGUACCAGCAAAAUCCUGUUUCUGAGUCUGCGCCCGGGGUGGAGGACCGGUCGCGCGGGGGCCCAUUUGCAUUGCGAUUUCGGGAUCGGUCACGCUCCGGAGGCACUAGGCUUGAGCUAGAAGCAAGAGUAUUAUUAUUGUUCGACAACUGGUUAAUUAAUGUCCGUAUUUUUGCCAUAUCUCGAGGCAUUGCAUCCAUUCUUGCAUUUGUUGCGUCGAGACUUGCGUUU